UGUUUAUAUUGGUCAGUCAGGCCUUCUGAUUAGCCCAGAUUAACAACCCCAAUCAAGGAUCUCGUAGUCAUCAAGAUCCACACGGUUCCAAUCACCACAGGGAACGUAUCAUUCUGUUCAGUCAAAUUAUUACAUUGCAUCCCUCAAGCAGUUCAAGUGAAUUGCAUCCAUAUGUACGAUUGAUCCCUGUCAAUCUUUGAAGGAGAUCUCCUGGACAGGUCAGUAAUAUGCAAUACUUUAAAUGAGUCAGAUGCCAGGGAGUGGAUGUGGGGAUGCCAGUGUUGGGCUGGGGUGGGCAAAGUGACACAACACCAGGCUAUCAUCCAACAGGUCUUUUGAAAUAAAUGAAUUUUCCACUUCUCACCAAAUUUUUAUUCAAAGAUCUAGGACGGCACGGUGGGCGGCACGGUGGCACAGUGGUUAGCACUGUGGUCAUUUGAACCUUUUGAGGCGACUCCACCAUCCACCAUCCAAUAUGCUCAUGGCUCACCCUCUGGCUCAAUGCCAUCUUCCCGCUUCCUCUAAAAUCUGAAAAAUACAAAUCUCUUUUGUCUUCCCCAGCCUCUCUGUGAUACUGAGCUCCACUAUUCUCUGGAUUAGAUUAGCUAAAGCCGCUGCUAAGAAGGCUCACGACUGGCCAUGUUGCUGAGUAAAAGCAGCUGCCUUUAAAGUGCCUCGAGAUCGCGAGUGAAUCCCAAGAGAAGAUCAGAUAAGCAGCAAGGAAGCAACCGCCUCUCCUUGGGAUCAGAACAAUGAUUUGAAUCAAGCAAUCAGCUGAUGACAGCACGUGUUGCCAUAUCUAUUUAACAACGCUCUGGAAAGUUUAGCACGUCCUUGCGGCAGCUCGAUGAUACAUUGAGCACUGAUUCGGUGUAAAUUCCGGUUGAUCGAGAGGCUGCACGGAGACUCCUGGCCAUGGGGAGCAAGCUGGUCGCGAUCGCCUUGAGCAGUGCGCUGCUCGCCCACUACAUCUACACCCCUCUCCCGGAGGCACUGGGCGAGAGGUGGAAGUUGAUGCUGGUCGAUGCUUGCUUCCGAAGUUUGGGACACCUGGCUGAGUUGAGUGAACUCAUUGGAUUCAAACAUUACAUGGAGAUGAUGAUGGUCCUCACCACAGUGGAGUUAGUGGGUCCUUCAUCUGAUGAUAAUGUCACCGUGAUGGACACCACCUUCAACCAGGUCCCAGUUCGUGUCUACAAUCCGAACAAUCUUCUCCCGAAACUGAGACGAGCAGUCAUUUACAUGCAUGGGGGCGGAUGGUGUUUAGGGAGUGCAAAAAUGAAACCGUAUGAUCUCCUGUCGAGAAAAAGCGCAACUGAACUGAAUGCUGUCAUCAUUUCCAUUGAAUAUCGUUUAGCACCAGAGCAUCACUUCCCUGAUCAGUUCAAUGACGUUUACACUGUGGUGAAGUACUUCCUACAGCGAGAUGUCUUGGCACGAUACUCGGUGGAUCCAGCUCGAGUCGCGGUGUCAGGAGACAGUGCUGGCGGGAAUUUGGCUGCUGCAGUAGCCCAGCAGAUCCAGGAGGACCGAGAGGUUCAAGUUGAGAUCAAAGUUCAGGCAUUAAUCUACCCUGCACUUCAGACCAUCGACUUUAACACUCCUUCCUACCAGCAAAACGAGAACAUGCCAAUUCUGCCCAAGACCUUAAUGGUCAGGUUUUGGAGUGAAUAUUUUAGCUGCGACAAGUCGCUGCUGAACAAGAUGAUGGCCAACAGCCAUGCCACCCAGGAAUCGAAGGGCCUGAGCAACUUUGCAAACUGGAGCGUCCUCCUGCCGAUGGAGUUCAGGAAGCACUAUUCAUACAUCCCACCGGGCGGCGAAAGCGCAGAGCUAUCCAGGAAGGUUCCUGGGGUAUUUGACCCGAGAGCUGCUCCCUUGCUGGUGGGGGAUGAGAAACUCCGGGCUCUGCCGCGGACCUACAUUGUAACCUGUGAAUAUGACGUACUGCGGGAUGAUGGGGUCAUGUACGCCACAAGAUUGAAGGUGGCAGGGGUCCAGGUCACACACGAGCAUUACGAGGACUCCUUUCAUGGUGCCAUAAUGUUCAACACGUGGCCAACCGAUUUUGCAAUUGGCCAGAAAAUGAUAAGCCAUUACAUUGAGUGGCUGCGAACGAAUUUGUAAAUAAAUUGCCAUCCCACUGCAACCCUCCCAAUCCCCCAAACACACCCCCUUGGCAUCCUGCAAAAAUCCUGCAGUGCCUCUUCCAUACCUGCAAAUUUUUGGCAAAUGUUUCUCUGUUUUAGCUGCCCACACCCAUUCCCCAUCUGUAUUUAGUGUUAAACAUUAUGGAAAUGCACUUGGUCAGGGCCUGUUAUGACUUUCAAUGGCAGACCUAAAGGAACGUAGGAGAUUGUCAUUCACUUGUCCUUGGGCAUGGAGACCUGGUCUAUGGGUGUGACCAUUCAGCCCACCCAAUACCAAGAUCAGGGGAAAAAGGUGGACCUCACUGCUUUGCGCGUUUACUGCCUCUACCUCCUGCCCUAAUGUGGUUCAUCCUUCAAGCUGAAGCCUUCCUCGCCCAUCAUCUGGCCUGUCUAGCUGAGUUGUGGUGGUUACUGAGGUGGCGUCUGAGGCCGUUUCGCGCUCAAAAGAUUCUUCUUCCAGCAGGGUGUGGAACCACAGAAGAUUGAGUUUCGGGCCAGUUGCUUGCUUGUGAUCCUCUCCUCGUCCUCUCUGGCUCUGAUUUGGACUUGUUUGUGAAGGAAACUGUGAGGCGUUUGUAGAUUUUGAGUGAGGUUCUCCGGAGACUUGAAGUCCAUAUCAGUCAAAUUCCUCAGUGAAGUGUUUAGAAUGACCUUGUAAUGUUUCCCCAUUAGAACCCAUCCUAGCUCUCCAGGUUAAUUUGCUUUAAGUGUAUAACUAUUUACGAGACCACUCCUGGACUGGACUGGACUGGAUGAAGGUGAUGCUGGCUUGGCUAGCAUUUAUUGCCCAGAGGGCAGUUAAUAUUCAACACAUUGCUGAGAGCCUGGAGCCACCUGUAGGCCAGACCAGGUAAGGAUGGCAAUUUCUUCUCGAGAGCAUGUUGUUGUACCAAACUCUGUUUGAAAUGCUUUGCUCAGCCCGAGCCUGAUAAGCUUUCUGUGUGAGAGAGUUGUAGAUUUCCACGACUGUUUUGUGUGGCGAGGUGCAUCUUGCCCUCUGGCCAUGAAUUGUUAGGUUCUGCCCAUCUUCUAGACUUUCCCACUUGUGAAAAUGGUUUCUCUAUUAAAUCCUAUAAUUAUCUUUAAUGAAUUAGAUCUUUUAAACGCAAGGGUCAGAAUCCCAAUCUAUCUGCCUCAGUUUCUUAAUUUAACCCCUGAAGUGCCUAGUGGUAUUCUGCUGUAUUUUCUGCAAAUGGAAUAUAUGUAUUUAAGGAGACAGUCCCCAGAAUUGGUGUCUGUACCUUGAACAGAUCUACUUGCAUAUCAAUAAAGCUGUGAAAUGAUUUUGUUUUGAAAAUUUUACUGUAUUUUUUGUUAUGAAUAUUUCUGGGUGUUGACCUGCUAAAACCAUAUGGUCUGAUCCCUAAAACCAGUCAACUCAGAAAUCAGUCUUUGUACUUGCCUAUCCUCAAACCAAUAAUUAAUGCUCCAUUCUGUUGUAUAUUGUCUGUUCUGGCUCUGUAAAACAAUAGGACAAUAAUCAAGUGCCAUGUGAUGUAUUUACCUUGUCCCGUGUUUAUACACUGACUGCAUAACAUGAAGGAAAAUGUUAUAUCUUUGUAUUUCAACGUGAUAAAUAAAAUUUUGUUAAAAACAA